UGCAGAAGCAACUAACCCAAUGGGUGUUGAAAAAAGGUGCAAAACGUUCUGUUGAUGUCAUUGAUGACAAUUCAGAAUUGAAAUCUAAAAAAAAUUGUACAUCUGACAAUAACAGUACAAAUGUCAACUGUCCUCUGGAUAAUCAUACAAAAGAAUCAUCAACAACAUUUCCAAUCAAUAAUGAGCCGACAGCCACUAACUAGUAACUAGUGAUAUAUACAGUGUAGACAUAGGUAAUUUUUUAAGGACAUCUGAUAGCUUAUUAACUGAUCAUGUAAAGGCUAAAAUUAUCAAUAUGGAUAACAUACCUUCAAAUGAUUUUAUUUAUCCGUUUACUUUGAAUAUCAGAAACGGUAAAAGUAUUAAGAGAUCAUUGAGAAUAAACCAUUUCGAACAAUACAAAUGGCUGACAUAUUCUAACUUAAAAUCUGGUUUAUUMUGCAAAUAUUGUGUUUUAUUUAYUGUCAAAGGUGGUAAGUAUAACACAAUAACUUUAAAAAAAUUUGUUACUGAACCACUUACUAAAUUUUCAAACCUAACUGGGAAAGAUGGAGACUUAGAGGUGCACAACAAUAAUAAGUAUCAUAUAAAUGCCAUACAAAUUGCUGAUGAUUUUUUGAAAACUCUUAUUAAUCCAAAAAAAGAUGUGAUUAAUUUAAUAAACAAUGAAAGAUUAUGUCAAGUUCUUGAAAAUCGAAAAAGACUAAUACCAAUAAUACAAUCCAUUGUAUUCCUUGGUCGCCAAAAUAUACCAUUUAGAGGGCAUCGUGAAGAAGGUAAUAUUUUAGAUUUUCAUUUCCAAAUCAUCAACAGUUCAAAGUAUAAGAAAUAGUGUUGGCCUUGUAAAAGAAAUUGUUUCAUUUUUUAAUAUGUCUGCAAAAAGAAACUUUGUUCUAAAAUUAAUUUUAAAUGGAAAACCUCACUUAAAAAGUCUAUGUGAAACGAGAUGGACGGACCGCCAUGAUAGCAUAGCAAUUUUUAAAUCUUCAAUGUCUGACAUAAUAUAAGCCCUGACCAAUAUAUCAGAAUGGAAUGAAUUAGAUUCAUCAUCUAAAGCCAAAACUCUUUUAACAGCUAUGUGUACAUGUGAAUUUAUAAUUUCAAUUAAUGCCUUAUCUAACAUAUYAUGUGUAACAGCUCCUAUAAGCAGAAUACUUCAAGGCAUUGACAAUGAUGUAUUAGCUGCAUUUGAAUGUAUUCAAAAUGUAGUAACUAUUUUGGAAAAUAUGUGUACAAAUUGUGAUACAGUAUUUAAGCAAAUAUUUGAAGAGAGCUGUUCAUUAAUGAAAAACUGAAAUUGAAGUAAAAACUCCAAGGUUAUCUAAACGUCAAACUCAACGUCUAACCUAACCUAUCUGAAACUACAGAAGAUUUUUAUAGGGUGUCUCUAUUUAUACCAUUGGUGGAAAAUGUGUUAGAAGAUUUAAAGUUACGGUUUUUAAAUGUAAAUGAUGAGAGAAUGACUCAAUAGUAUCAAUAAUGWAAAAUGGUUAUACAUUUGAUGAUGACUUAUU